AAUCGCCAACACUCUCGGCCCAGCCGAGCCGGCGCUUGUGUGGCCGGUGGCUGCCGAGGGAGACCCCAGCGAGCCGCGGCGCCCUGGGAUCGGGGACCUGUGCGGCUCGGGAACGCGCCCUGUCGCUAUUGUGUCGGCGGCCGCACGGGCUCGCGCCGUCCAGACGGCGAUUCCCCUCCUCUUCCUCCGGGAGGGAAGGCUCCUACAGUGCCGAGCUGGGCUGGCUGGAGGAGGUGUCCGCUGAGGCGGAGGGAGGAGCGUUACUCCCCGGCAGCUCUGCUUCUCCUCCGGCGGUGGUUGCGGCUGCCUUGGGUUCAGAGCAGCAUCGGGACGCGGGUUUCUGGCCAUGGAGAGGAGAUCUGCUCGCGGGGACGCCAGGAGCUCCGCUCCCGCUCCUCGGGCCACCGCGUAGACACCUGAGUGUCUACCGACGCCAGGAGGGGGAGGGGAAGGACAGAAACUUAAGGUUAGAAGUGAAUUCUGAGCCAUCACCUGCCCUUUGUCAGCCUGUGGAUGAGAGUAAGCUGAGAAGUGUGACGGGGUAUCAUGUAUGCCACUGGUUCCAGGGGACACUCCCCUGCUUUCCUGCAACCUCAGAACGGAAACGGCCAUCGCUCGCCCGGUUACGUCCCUGGGAAGGUGGUUCCCUUACGUCCUGCCCCUCCGCCAAAGAACCACACCUCAGCCAAACUGACCUCCAGGAGCCGGGAAGCCCCAGCAACUUUUGCUUUCUCCUCGGAGGAGCAGCGAACGCCGCCGAGGGAGAACCGAAAGCAGAAGACACACAAGAACACCUUCAUCUGCUUUGCCGUCACCAGCUUUUCCUUUUUUGUGGCACUUGCAGCCAUUUUGGGAAUGUCCUCAAAAUAUGCCCCAGAUGAGAAUUGUCCAGAUCAAAACCCUCGUCUCAGGAACUGGGAUCCAGGACAAGAUUCUUCAAAGCACGUCAUUAUCAAGGACGGAGAUAUGUUCCGCCUGACCUCAGAUGCUACAGUGAACUCUAUAGUCAUUCAGGAUGGAGGACUGCUUGUGUUUGGGGAUGACAAAGAUGGAUCCAGAAACAUAACCUUGAGGACUCGAUACAUCCUGAUCCAGGAUGGUGGGGCGCUUCAUAUUGGAGCAGAAAAAUGCCGCUAUAGAUCCAAAGCGACAAUUACCUUGUAUGGCAAGUCAGAUGAGGGUGAAAGUAUGCCAACAUUUGGCAAAAAGUUUAUUGGCGUGGAGGCUGGUGGGACACUGGAGUUACACGGGGCAUGGAGGACAUCAUGGACGAUGCUGGCGAGGACUCUGCAUUCCUCAGGCUUGCUUUUUGGCUCCUAUGUCUUUGAAAAGGACUUUUCCCGGGGCCUUAAUGUGAGGGUCAUUGACCAAGACACAGCCAGAGUUUUGGAAUAUGAGAAGUUUGAUACCCAUGAGUACCACAAUGAAAGCAGGAGACUUCAGGAAUUUUUGAGAGCUCAGGAUCCCGGGCGGAUUGUUGCUAUUGCUGUUGGAGAUUCAGCAGUGAAGAGCCUGUUACAGGGAACGAUCCAGAUGAUCCAGGACCGGUUGGGAAGUAAGCUGAUUCAAGGGCUGGGCUACAGGCAAGCUUGGGCUUUAGUUGGUGUCAUCGAUGGUGGAAGUUCUUCCUGCAAUGAGUCUGUGAGAAACUAUGAGAACCAUAGUACUGGCGGGAAGGCCCUGGCUCAAGGAGAAUUUUAUACCUUGGAUGGUCAGAAGUUCUCUGUCACAGCCUACAGUGAAUGGAUUGAAGGAAUCUCCCUUUCAGGUUUUCGGGUGGAGAUUGCAGAUGGUGUGAAGCUUCACCUGUUAGAUGACGUCAGCAGUUGGGAAGCUGGAGACCAAAUUGUGGUUGCAAGCACAGACUACUCCAUGUACCAAGCAGAGGAGUUUACCCUCCUCCCCUGCCCUGAGUGCAGCCGUUUCCAGGUCAAGGUUAAAGAGACCCCCCAGUACCUGCAUGUCGGUGAGAUCAUAGACGGGAUAGACAUGAGAGCUGAGAUUGGAAUUCUCACCCGGAACAUUGUGAUCCAAGGAGAAAUGGAGGACUCAUGCUAUGCUGAAAAUCAAUGCCAGUUCUUCGAUUAUGACACUUUCGGGGGACAUGUCAUGAUAGAGAAGAACUUUACUUCAGUCCAUCUUUCCUAUGUGGAACUGAAGCACAUGGGCCAGCAGCAGCUGGGACGCUAUCCUGUGCAUUUUCACUUGUGUGGAGACGUGGACUCUAAAGGAGGCUACAGACAGCCGGCGUCUGUGGAUGGCCUGUCUAUCCAUCACAGCUUCUCACGGUGCAUCACCGUGCAUGGGACCAAUGGCUUGCUAAUCAAAGACACCAUUGGGUUCGACACGCUAGGGCAUUGCUUCUUUCUGGAAGACGGUAUUGAACAGAGAAAUGUCUUGUUCCAUAACCUGGGGCUUCUGACCAAACCAGGCACUCUGCUCCCCACGGACAGGAACAGCUCCAUGUGCACCAUGAUGCGUGAUGGGGUGUUUGGAAACUACGUCCCUGUGCCCACAGCAGACUGUAUGGCCGUUUCCACUUUCUGGAUUGCCCACCCCAACAACCAUCUGAUCAACAAUGCAGCUGCAGGCUCACAGGAUGCUGGAAUAUGGUAUUUAUUCCACAAGGAACCAACUGGGGAAUCCAGUGGGUUGCAGCUCCUGGAGAAACCAGAACUCACUCCACUGGGAAUAUUUUAUAACAACAGGGUUCAUUCCAAUUUUAAGGCUGGUUUAUUUGUUGAUAAAGGCGUCAAAACAACCAACUCCAGUGCCUCCGACCCAAGGGAGUACCUCUGCUUGGAUAACAGUGCAAGGUUUCGGCCUCAUCAGGAUGCAGACCCUGAAAAGCCACGCGUCGCUGCUGUGAUCGAUAGGCUCAUUGCUUUUAAAAACAAUGAUAAUGGUGCCUGGGUCAGGGGAGGAGACAUUAUCGUUCAGAAUUCAGCAUUUGCAGAUAAUGGAAAGGGAUUGACCUUUGCCAGUGAUGGGAGUUUCCCAAGUGAUGAAGGUUCCAGCCAGGAGGUGUCGGAGUCCCUCUUUGUCGGGGAGAGUAGGAAUUACGGCUUUCAGGGUGGCCAAAACAAGUACAUGGGUACAGGGGGAAUAGACCAGAAACCUCGGACGCUACCCAGGAACAGGACAUUCCCAAUUCGAGGCUUUCAAAUUUAUGAUGGACCUAUUCAUCUCACAAAGAGCACUUUCAAAAAGUAUGUGCCAACUCCAGACAGGUACAGCAGUGCAAUUGGCUUCCUCAUGAAGAAUUCUUGGCAGACAACACCCAGGAAUAAUGUUUCCCUUGUGAAGUUCGGUCCACAGGUGUCUCUAAACGUCUUCUUUGGAAAGCCUGGCCCCUGGUUUGAGGACUGUGAGCUGGAUGGUGACAAGAACUCCAUUUUCCAUGACGUCGAUGGCUCUGUGACGGGAUACAAGGAUGCCUAUGUGGGGAGGAUGGACAACUACCUGAUCCGCCAUCCAAGCUGUGUCAGUGUCACUAAGUGGAACGCAGUGGUCUGCAGUGGGACCUAUGCCCAGGUGUAUGUGCAGACAUGGAACACUCCGAAUCUUAGCAUGAUCAUCACACGAGAUGAAUACCCAUCCUACCCAAUGGUGCUUCGGGGUAUCAACCAGAGGGCCAUCUCUCCACAGUACCAGCCUGUCGUCAUGCUGGAAAAGGGCUACACCAUCCACUGGAAUGGUCCAGCGCCACGUACCACUUUCUUAUACCUCGUGAACUUCAACAAGGAUGACUGGAUCCGAGUUGGCCUCUGUUACCCAUCCAACACAAGCUUUCAGGUUACCUUUGGCUUUCUGCAACGACAGAACGGCUCAUUAUCCAGAAUUGAAGAGUACGAGCCUGCGCAGUCAAUGGAAGAGCUGCAGAGGAAGCCAUCAGAGAGAAAAUUCUAUUUUGACUCUGGCACAGGGUUAUUGUUUCUUUAUCUCAGAGCCCAUAGCCACAGAGAUGGUCACAGUUACUGUUCAUCUCAGGGAUGUGAAAGAGUCAAGAUCCAGGCAGCAACAGACUCCAAAGACAUCAGUAACUGCAUGGCCAAAGCAUACCCACAGUAUUACAAGAAGCCCUCGGCAGUCAAGCGCAUGCCAGCCAUGCUCACGGGCCGCUGCCAAGGGUGUGGCACCCAGCAGAUGGUGUUUAGCAGUGACCCUCACAAGAGCUACCUCCCUGUAAGAUUCCAGUCACCUGGUAAAGCAGAAACUCAGCGUGGAGAGCCAUCUCUUAUUUCCGUCAAUGGUACUGACUUUACCUUCCGGAGCACUGGUGUCCUCCUCCUUGUUUUGGAUGCCUGCAGCGUUCCCUUCCGGUUGACGGAAAAGCAGAUGUUCCUUUCUGCAGACAUCAGUCGCAUGGAAGAGUUUUUAAAGGCUAGCAUCCCUCCAAGGUCAAUCGUUCUGUUGAGCACAAGAGGAGAAAUAAAGCAAAUGAACAUCUCGGAUUCAUUAGUUCUUCUGGGACUGGCCAAACCAGCAUACCUUUAUAGCAAAGGAAGUAUUGUAUUUUUGGGAUUCAGCGGAAACUUUAAACCAUCAUGGACUAAGCUGUUCACCAGUCCUGCUGAGCAGGGCCUCGGGGUGCUCGAGCAGUACCUCCCUUUGCAGAUGGAGGACUAUGGGUGCUCCAAGGCCAGCAGUGUCCACAGAAGAGACCUGGAACUGUUACAGCAGGCUUCGAAAGUGCUUUAGAGACAUGACUGUAAUUUAAGUGCUGGGAAAGAAAAAAAAAUGUGAACUAACUUAUUUAAUUUAUGGCAUUUUAAGAUGACACUGUUAACCCGAUGGAACCAUUUUUCUGUUUCAUACAAAAGGGAGAGAGAGAAAGAACUCAACUCAAUUGUUUGAGUGCCAGCUCGUGCACCUUGGCAUUGCACAGAGGGUAAAAAGCCCUUUGUCUUCGUGAGGCUGCUUUGUUUGGAGAGCGGUUCUCAUGCCCCUUGCAUUGAUAAGCCCGUCAGCGGUGCUUUGCUUUCUGUAUAGUGGGAUGCAGGGAGCAUUGAUAAGCCCGUCCGCCAUGCUUUGCUUUCUGUAUGGUGGGAUGCAGGGAGGCCUUCAGGAACUUCCUCGGGCUCCUGAGAGGACUGGCUGCUGCAGCAUUUCGGAAACUUGAAGUCUAAUGCGCAGUUAUGCAGCCAGCUCCAGUGGCUGACCUGUUCAGUGAUACCUGGGGCUCACUUCCGGAAAGCCUCUGAGGGUUUUAUGUGAUGCCAGAUAUGGUUUUAAGUGGCGACUCAGGCCCAGCACAUGCCCUUUUUUGCCUGGACAUGUGCUCUUUUUAUUCACUUGUAUAUUGAUUACUUUUGAGGGUUCACCUUUCAAAGAGGGAACCAAAUUGGGACAAAAGGGCUUUUGAAAUCUUUUUGAUCUGUGACUAUUGAGAAAAACAAAACAAACAAACAAACAAAACUAGUUACUUUCACCAGGUUUGAAGUUGGUGGGACCCUUUGAAGCUUUAAUCCUUAUCCUGUCUUGACUGAAUAUUUGUAUUUAAAAGGCAGAGCUGAAGUGAAUUACUUUUCUUGAAAAGAAACAAGCCACUUCCCCAAAUGUAAACUCUUGUCAUUUUAACCUACAAAAGGGAGCCAGGUGUGGUGGCGCAUGCCUUUAAUCCCAGUACUCCAGAAGCUGAUGGAUCUCUGUGAAUUUGAGGCCAGCCUGAUCUACAUAGUGAGUUCUAGGCCAGCCACAGCAAUGUAGAGAAACCAUGUCUCAAAAACUAAACAAACAAAACAAAACGAAAACCACCCCACUGAAACAUAUUAACUUGCAAAAGGAAACUUGUCCUUGGCUUUGACCCUGUACCUGUGUUUUGUGUUUGUUUUGGUGUGUGUAUUUUUUUUUUUAAACUUCUCUGCUCAUUUUCCUACCAGAGAAUCCUAGAGAGCUUACUGCUUGCUACUCCAUAAAUUCAAGGGGAAGAAGGAGACACCUUUAUAGGCCAGAAUCAUGGAGGCAACAGACAUGAACCUCUUUGUAGCCUUUAAAAGAAGGAGUCUUUGUUAGUGAAUGUAGUUGUCAAAGACAAGAAGAAAGGACGCCGUGACGUGACGCCCAGUGCUCCUUCUAUUGUGCUUUCCUCCAGCCAGUGGGGACACAUGGCAAAGGAGGCUGGCUCUGCAGACAGGAGGGAAGAUGCAUCCGAGUGUUGGUGGGUGGCUGGAAAGCCAGGCAUGUCCAGUCCGACAUCAGCAGUGAACACAGACCAGGUCAUCUUCCCCUGUGGAGGGCCAGACUGAUGCCUGUACUUUGUGUCCAGGAGACAUUCUAGAACAGUUCUGUGACCUGUGUCACAGAACAUGCUACCUCAGAGUGCUGUGACAAACCAUGCCGACUGUGAGUGCUCCCAGGUCGGGCAUGUAUCUUAAUCGAAGUUUGGUUAUUUGUUUAUUUGGGGUUUUUUUGGAUGUGGGUUUUUUUGUUUUUUCUUUCUUAACUAUUAAAUAUAUUUAGUGGGUCAUGGUUCCUGAAGGUGAUUUGAAUUGAUUGUGCGUGGGUAUGUGUAUGUGUGUAUGUAUUAAAUGUAUUUGAUGUGUGCUUUCUUGAGUUCUGGGGUUUUUGUGUUGUUGUUUUAUUUUUAAUAUUUGGAGAGGUAUGCAGUGUCAAAGGCACUCAGUUUUUCUGAUUAUGUACUAAUAAUUAGGGCCUAAAUUAAAUAAAUAAAAGUAUGUGUGCAUGUA